AAAACACGAAUAGAAAAUAUAUUUACUGCUUAUCAUAGAGACUUUUAAGCGAAAAGCUAAUAACACAUCAUUUAUUAUUUGUCAUUAAUGUUGUGUUCAGAUAUCUUUAUGGUCUUAUCUCUCUUCUUCUCUCCCUCUUUAUCUUUCUUUCGAUAAAGAGUACCAUUCUGAUAACCCAAGCUAUGUAUUUAUUUCGUGCUCGGGGAUUCGAUUAGUCAAUCACAAACUGCUGACAAUGUCACAUUUAUUAUUGAGAAAAAGUGGUAAUUACAUUUUUCAAUUCCAAAUGACAAGGAAUUUAGUAACCGACCCAAAAUAUGGAUUUUUAAAACAAUUAAGUAUUAAUGCAGAGAAUCCUGGACUUUACGAUGGAAGAUGGGGUGGAUCUGGCAAGUUAGUAGAAUCGAUAUCGCCGGCGACCGGCAAAGUGAUAGCGAAGGUUCGAGAAUCCACACCGCAAGAAGCAAGCAAUGCUAUAACAGAAGCACGUAAAGCAUGGCCACAAUGGGCAUCUAUUCCAAUGCCGGCCAGGGGAGAUAUUGUACGACAGAUAGGAGAUGAGCUCAGGAGAAAUUUGGAACCGUUGGGACGCUUAGUAUCUUUGGAAAUGGGAAAAAUACUACCAGAAGGCAUAGGCGAAGUCCAGGAAUUCAUUGAUAUAUGCGAUUACGCGGUCGGCUUGUCGCGAACAUUACCAGGCAGUUUAUUCCCGUCGGAGAGGAAGAACCACGCGCUUUUGGAAAAAUGGAAUCCUUUAGGAGUGGUCGGCGUUAUCUCAGCAUUUAAUUUUCCCAUAGCGGUAUAUGGCUGGAACAGCGCUAUCGCCAUGGUCUGUGGUAACACCAUCGUCUGGAAAGAGGCGUCGAGCACACCCUUAGUAGCAAUCGCGACCACCAAAAUAAUCGCAAGUGUCUUGGAGCGUAACGGUAUCCCGGGUUCUGUUGCAUCUUUGAUUACAGGUGGACCAGACGUCGGCGAGACUCUGGUGAAUGACAAACGGGUACCUCUCAUCUCGUUUACCGGUAGUACGAACGUAGGGAGACAAGUGGCUCUCAAAGUUCAGCAAAGAUUCGGAAGAUCUUUGCUGGAGCUCGGCGGUAAUAAUGCAUUGAUCGUCGCACAGGAUGCAGAUUUAGAAAUGGCAGUGAGGGCAGCGGUCUUCUCGUGUGUUGGAACAGCUGGACAAAGGUGUACUACUACUAGAAGAUUAAUAUUGCACAAAAAGAUAAGAAACGAAUUCCUAGGAAAAUUGAAAACAGCAUACAAGAGCAUAUUAGAAAGAAUUGGAGACCCUUUAAAUGAUGGUGUGUUGUACGGACCGUUACAUAAUCAGCCAGCAGUUGAUGCAUAUAAAGCAGCGAUCCGGAAAGCUGUAGAAGCAGGCGGCACGAUAGAAUUCGGUGGAAAGCAAAUAGAGCGACCCGGUUUCUACGUCGAACCAACAAUCAUUUCGGGUCUACCGGCCACAGCCGAGGUAGUACAGCAGGAAACUUUCGCUCCGAUUGUUUACAUCCUGGAGACGAAUUCUAUGGAGGAAGCUAUCGAUCUUAACAACGGCGUGGAGCAAGGACUGAGCAGUAGUCUCUUUACUAAAAGUAUCGGAAAUGUAUUUCAGUGGAUUGGUCCUCACGGAUCGGAUUGUGGAAUAGUCAAUGUCAACAUCGGCACCAGUGGUGCCGAAAUAGGCGGUGCGUUCGGAGGUGAAAAGGCCACGGGUGGAGGCCGGGAAAGCGGAAGUGAUGCAUGGAAACACUACAUGCGCCGCGCGACCAUCACGAUCAAUUACGGAAACGAGCUUCCUCUGGCACAGGGCAUUAAGUUCGAAUAAAGUUCAACAGACAUGUCCCUCGAAAAAGAAUCAACGCUUUAAUUCAAACCGUAUAAAAUCCACUUGAAUAUCGACGGACGCCUUCUUAUGAAAUUUGUAAGCUCUCGGCAGGUCAUAUCUAAGCUCGGCUAUCACUGUCCCUUUCGCGCCGAGCUGCGACGCCUUCGAUAGGACAUAAUCCCGCGUGGUGCUCUUAUGCAGCGAGUAAACUGCAUUGGACGAAAGCUUGAGAGCAGCUUCCAAAAAUUUCAUAUCGACGCCGGCAUUGUUCUUAGUCCCGAAAGGUGGAUUCAUUAUAAUAGUAUCAAAGUACUUCUCAAAUUUUCCUGUAAUAUAAUAUGUAUCUAUUAUGUAUCUGAAUCUGCAAUAAUAAAAUAUAUAUACAUGUGAAUAUA